GUCUGUCUCUUCUCUGAUGUCUUUUCCAGUCUUCCCUGCGGCCCCCCCCCCCCUUUCUGUCUGGUUCCUCCUCUCCAAGUUGACAUUAAUUGUUGGAGUUAGGGGGCUGGGCUGGAGAGGGCCGCAUGAGCUCACGGGUAGCCCCAGUCCCCGCCAGGCCUACUGACUCAUGCUCCCCAUUACUGAAUUUUUUCCUCUCACAGCUGGGGGGGGGGGGGUGGUGGAAGAGUGUGUGUGUGUUUGUGUGUGUGUGUGUGCGCGCGCGUGUGCAGAUCUCUUUUCUCUACCCAAGCCGUGACCUUGGUCUUUGCAUCCCUCUGCCCCCCCUUUUGAAACUGUUCAAUUCGGCCACUCCAGUGAGGACUGUAGGCUUAAUAUUCCCACCCACCAGUGGAGAGAGGGGGCUUCUCAAGCCUUCCUAAUCCAGGAAGUCCCUCCUUGUGUCUGGCUGGAACCCCACUUGCUACUGAAGGAGUGCCCAGAUCUUCCUGCCCCCAGCCACACUCCCCUGGCUGGAUGAGAGAGGAGGCUGGAGGGUGUGCCCCUGCCCUCGCCAUUCCCCAAAGAUCCCUGCCUCCCAGCCUGCCAUUCCUUAGCAUCCCAGACACAAGGCUGUAGGAGCUGCCUGGUAGGCUUCGUCUUUGUGGGUGUCUGUAGCCGGACACCUCUUGCCUACCCCCCUCCUCCCACCCUCAGCUGGCCUGCCCCCUCCCCCCAGCCUCAGCUGGCCUCCCCUUCCCCCCUCCAGUCCCUUACCCCUCCCCGCAGCCUCUCUCCCUCCUGGCAAAGCCUCCAGCCUGCUUGCUGCUGCUGUCCAGGGCGCCAGCAGGCCAGGCGCUUCCCGGCCUCCUUCCCUGAGCCGCCGCCUCCUCCUCCCCUCCCCUGCCCUCCUUCCCCUUUCACCCUGCCCUGUCCCCUGUCCCCUGCCCCGGAAUCUGCAAACAUGAGGGUCUUGGCCUGCCUUCUUGCAGUGGUGGUGAGGAUCCAGGCUGUUGAGUGGCUGCGGCUAGCUGAUGGCCCCCACAGCUGUGCGGGCCGCCUUGAGGUGUGGCAUGGCGGGCGCUGGGGCACGGUGUGUGACGACGGCUGGGACCUUCGGGACGCCACGGUGGCCUGCCGGGAGCUGGGCUGUGGAGCGGCACUGGCUGCCCCCGGGGGUGCCUUCUUUGGGGAGGGCACGGGCCCUGUGUGGCUCAGUGAGCUGGCCUGCCGGGGCAGCGAGGGGCAGCUGGGCCUGUGUCCCCCCAGGGGCCGGAAGCCCCACAUCUGUUCUCACGAGGAGGAUGCGGGCGUGGUCUGUGCAGGUCAGCGAGUGGCCAGCUCUAGAGACCACUUGAUGCACCCCUUGGAAGGAGAGCUGUGGCCCGGGCUGUCAGGGGAGCUGAGCCCUGGUUCUGAGGAGCCCCUGGUGACCCAUGCCCCCCGCCCAGCUGGGAGCCCCCAGAGUGGUCCUCGGAAGAAAAGCCCCCGGCCACCCAAACAGCUCAAGUCCACCCGUGCCCCUUUGCUCACCACUGGAGCCCCUCACCAAGAGCGGCUGCGCCUGGUCUCUGGUCCCCAUGGCUGUGCAGGCCGCCUGGAGGUGUGGCACGGAGGGCGCUGGGGCACCGUGUGUGAUGACGGCUGGGACCUUCGGGACGCCGCAGUGGCCUGCCAAGAGCUGGGCUGCGGGGGGGCGCUAGCCGCCCCUGGGGGAGCCCGCUUCGGGCCUGGCACCGGUCCGGUGUGGAUGGAUGAUGUGGGGUGUGGCGGGGGAGAGCAGGCCCUCCGGGACUGCCCCCGGAGCCCCUGGGGCCGGAGCAACUGUGACCACAGCGAAGAUGCCGGCCUGGUCUGCACAGGCCCAGCGCCCAGGCUUCGCCUGGCUGACGGUCCCCAUGGCUGUGCGGGCCGCCUGGAGGUGUGGCAUGGCGGGCGCUGGGGCACUGUGUGCGAUGACGCCUGGGACCUCCGUGAUGCUGCCGUGGCCUGCAGAGAGCUGAGCUGUGGCGGGGCACUGGCCGCCCCAGGGGGCGCCUUCUUUGGGGAGGGCACGGGUCCCAUUGUCCUGGAUGAUCUUCGGUGUCGGGGAAAUGAGACAGCCUUGCGAUUCUGCCCGGCCAGGCCCUGGGGCCAGCAUGACUGCCACCAUCGCGAGGAUGCAGGGGCUGUGUGUGAUGGUAUGCCCCUGGGCUCCAUGCCCCCCACGGCCCCUGCAGUGGGCAGCAAUGGCUCGGCGCCCAGGGAGGCCCUGCCCAGGACCCUGUCCGUCACACUGGGCCAGACUCCAGGCUCAGUGGACAGCUCGCUUCCUCCAGCCUCUCCCACUGUCCCUCCGGAGCCAGGGCCUGAGGCCGGGGCCCCACAGCUGCGCCUUGUGGCUGGGCCUAACAGGUGCUCGGGCCGCCUGGAGGUAUGGCACGCUGGGCGCUGGGGGACGGUGUGCGAUGACAGUUGGGACCUGCGUGAUGCGGCUGUGGUCUGCCGAGAGCUGGGCUGUGGGGGCCCUCAGCAGCCAGACCCUUCAAUGGGCCGCUUUGGCUGGGGCGCAGGCCCCAUCUGGCUGGACGACGUGGGCUGUGUGGGGACAGAGGCUGUGUUGUCUGACUGCCCUGCGGCUCCCUGGGGAAAGCACAACUGUGCUCACAAUGAGGAUGUUGGGGUCACCUGCACUGGGACUCCUGGCCUGGACACCAUCUCAGACCCCUUCAGCUGGAGCUGGCUCCCUGGGCUGGGUCGAGAUCCAGAUGCCUGGCUCCCAGGAGAGCUGGCCACCAGGCCCUCUGCCAGUCUGACCCCCAGUGAGCUGGAGAAAACCACCACUAAGGCACCGGGGAAAACACCCAAGAGCACCAAGAAAUGGGUGACUAAAAAUGCCAAGAGACCGACACCUCAGUCCCCCAGGAUGACAACCAUGAAACGUGCCAGGGGUACCCAGAGCCCCCCAGAACUAACCUCACAGAUCACCACACCCCGGACUACCCAGGCCUUCCCAGAGCAAACCUCUGAGCUUCCCAAAAGGGUGACCCCGGAGGCCCCCAGGGAGUGGACCUCCACUCAAGGCCCCGGAGACAUGGCUUCCAAGGUCAACACAAAGCAAAGCCCCCAGGCCUCCCUGGAGCCCUCUGCCCAGAUUCCAGAACAAUCUUCAGAAUCACCCAAAGACCUCUCCCUCUCCCCCACUGCUAGUGCCCCCACAGAGUCAGGCCCUUUCCAUCUUCGUCUGGCUGAUGGGCCCAACAGGUGCGCUGGCCGGCUGGAGGUGUGGCACGCUGGGCGCUGGGGGACAGUGUGCGAUGACAGCUGGGACCUGAGGGAUGCGGCUGUGGUCUGCCAUGAGCUGGGCUGUGGAAAUGUCCGACCCCGAGUGGGUAAAACCCACUAUGGGCCUGGAUCCGGCCCCAUCUGGCUGGACGACAUGGGUUGUAAAGGCAGCGAGACAUCACUGAUCGAAUGCCCUUCCAGGCCAUGGGGCAUGCACAACUGCGACCAUGAGGAAGAUGUGGGGCUCACCUGCACUGGCUACACAGAUGAUCAUGAUUACCCACCCUGGACCUGGGAUCCCACCUCAGGAGAGGACCUGGGCAAAGAGACUACCACAUCAGUGGGGCCUAGACACACUCUUUCCUGGGGCACCCCUCAGCACCCUAGGGUCCCAUCCCCAGCAGCACGGCGCCUGCCACACACAGGUUCCCCGCGGUCCGCCGCUUCCCGGCCAGCGGCCCCGGCGCCUACGCCCUCCUCCGCCGCCUGGCUGUGGCCCUCGAGCCCGCCGCUGACCUCAGGCUCCACGCCUCGACUCCUCCCCAACUCGACGGAAAAGCAGGAGAUGACCGGGGAACCCUCCAGCACCUCACCCACCGCAGGCUGGCCCUUGCCGUCGCGACCCGGCCUGCCCCUGUCCACCCCGAACUCCGAGGGGCUUCCUGCGCUGUCCCCGGGGCGCCCCUUCACCCCGCCAACCUCCCGCCCGCCUGCAUUGUCAGCGGAGACCCCUCCUUUCCCUACCUCAGAGCUGCUCCCAGAAUCUGACCCUCCACAGCCCACUGCAGGCCCAGAAGCUUCUGGAUCCCCAGACCUCUCCUCCAGCCCAAGCCCCACCACCCCCAACCCCACCACAACCCCUGAUCCCACGACCACCCACCUGACCACGACCAUCCCCCCCACCACGGCCAUCCCCCCCACCAUGACCCCUCACCCCUCUACAGUCUCCCACCCCACCACAACCUCUCACCCUUCUACCAUCCCUCACCCCACGACCACUCACCCCGCCAUGACCCCUCACCCCUCUACCAUCUCUCAUUCCACCAUGGCCCCUCACCCCACCACUACCAGCCCUCAACUGACCCCUACUACGCUCUCCAUCAGCCCUCAGCCCACCCCCACCACGCUCUCCACCAGGACUCCUGGCCCCACCCCAACUCUUGUUGUGACCACUAAGUCCCUCCCAGGCUCCCUGGGAACAGAGCUUCCCUCUGCCAUCCCACCACCAAGGGCCCAGCCCAGCCUGCACCCCCAGUUGACAACCUCCCUGGGGUCCCCUCCCAACCCUACAUCUCAGAUGCCAAACCUGGAGGCCUCUGUAGCUGCAGAGUCCAGCCUCUCAGGGCCCUCUGCAGCCUCAAGUGUGGACCCGCCAUCCCCUGAGGACUUCAGACAGCACAGGAGCAAAGACCCCAAAUGGAGCCAUCUACCUACCCACAACUUCCACUCAGCCUCUGACCCCACUGUAAACUCUGACCUCCACCUGCCCCCCACAGUUCAGCCCUUGGACUCCCCUGACCAGCUCACCCUAGGUCAGAGCCCAGGCCCCCUUGGCCCAUGUGUGUCCCCAACACCGCCUGUAAGGGUCAUGGCUUGUGAGCCACCUGCCUUGGGGGAGCUGGUGGCUGCCGUGAGGGAGGUGGGAGAGCAGCUGCACAGGCUGACCCAGGUUCUGGAACAGGACCGGCAAGAGCGCCAAGCCCUGGGGCUGGGCCUGGGGCAGCUGGUAAAGGCGGCCCAGGGCCUGGGGCAGCUGGGUGAGACUGUAAAGAGACUGGCAGAGGUGGCAUGGCCUCCCACCACACCUGUGCCCAUCAGCACCACCCCAGAGGAGGAGGAGAGACCUCUGAGGGGAGAUGUUUGAACAUUCCCGGACUUGGGGACUUACGGUCCCCUCAAAAAUAUAUUCAAUUAAAAACAUGAGUGAAUGAUGUUUCUGCCCCCAGAAGUGGGCUCUAGAGAGAGAUGGGAUUGGUCUUGAUUUAUGCACACUGC